AUGAAGGGCUUCUUUGUUGGGUUGGGCGUGGUGGUUGGGAUUGCUGUCGCUGGGCCUGUGCCAGCGAAGCGUCAAUACGGCGGCACCGACUCCAGCAGCGUCGAAGUCGACGCCAUCACCGCCGUCGCCACGUCCUCUGAGCUCCCGACUUACCCUGGCGGCUACCAGCCUCUUCCCUACGGCCCUCCAAGCGGCUACACCCCGUCUGGGUAUCCACGUCAAGGCACCGGGUCAAGCUCAAUGCCCAUGUCGGCCGGCCCUCCCGCUUCCUCUGAGACUGACGCCAUCACCAACCCGGCCCCGUCAAGCGGCACAGGUCUUCCAUCUUUCACCGCUACCAAUGGCAGCUUCUCCAGGACUGGAUCUUCCGUCUAUGCCUCGGGGACUGGUCAGAUUGUGACGAUUGAGACCAUCACCGUCACUCUGAGCCCGCCUACUUUCUCUGGAAGCGCCUACUCUCCACCGUACCCUGCGGCCAACAGCACCUCGUCUUCGCUCGGCAGUGCUGUUACGGGUUCUAGCUCGGUCAGCGCUGGUGUCCCGACUUACGCUCGCUCUACUGGUGCUUAUUCGAGUGGCGUGUACUCGACUGGUGUCUACUCUUCUGGAGCCAGCUCAGGCCUGCAGACCGUGAGCUCAGUCAUCACGCUCUCUCUCACCAAGACGGUCGGCACGACUAUCACUCCCUCCGGCUCGUCUGCUGGUCCUGUCAACUCCAGCAAUGCCACCAUCAGCUACCCAUACACGACGUGCACCGAGGAGAUGACCAUGCUCACCAGCUCUCAAGCCACCACGAUCAACAUCACCUUGAGCACUCCCUCCUCGGGCCCAUCGGGCACAGCGCCUUACUCUUCCGGAGCAUCCCAAGGAUCGCCGGUCUUCUCUGCCAACAGCACCAUGCUCUACCCAACUGGCAGCGUGUCGAUUCUGCCCAUUCCGCCUAUUCCGAUUCCAACUGUGCCGAGUGCGCCUUACCCGUACCCCUACCCUUACUCACUCUCGUUGACCACCGCGCCUGGUUCGAUUCCCUUGACGACCGCGCCCGGACCAGUGACCAGCGGCUUUCCUACAUCUUCCUCCAAUGCCUCGAUGCUGACGCCAGGAACCGGAUCGAGCUACAGCCCAUCAGUGGUUGCGUCGACUUCGACACUCGUCAUCACGCUGACCGAGACCAUCUCAUCCGCUGCCGUCAGCUCAACAUCCCCAGCCAGCUCGUCCACGCCAUCUCCAGUCGUCAUAUCACCAACCACGAGCGCCUCUUCAACCUCCUACUCCACCACGACCGAAACUUCGACAGUUAUAACCGGAACCUCCACAGAAGUCAUCACCAUCUCCCUCUCCACCAUCUCCGUCGGCCCCUCGGCCUCAGGAUCAGAGGGCUCCCCCAUCAACUCCUCCAACUCCACCACCAUACCAAUCCCCACCCCAACCCUCACCACCAUCUCCACAGCGACCGUCACAUCCUACGCAGUCUACACGCCCAUCCCAGAAGCCAGCACACCGCCCGCCAGCUCUGAGGCCAAUCCGGAGCAGACUUCAGCGCCGUACGACUCUGCCACAGCGACGAACACGCCUUUCCCGCUCCCUUCGUCUGCGAAUCGCGUGCCCGGGAGUUAUGGGUAUGGGCCGCCGGAUUACGAGAAGGUGGAGGGGGCGAGGGGGUGGUGGUCGAACUGGUGGUCUGGGAAUUGA